AUGCGGCGUCGGGUCAACCUCGUCUUCUUCCUCCUCCUGCUUGUCGCAUCUCCUCUCAUUCUUUUUUCACGCUUUCUUGCCUUCACUCAGCUUUUCUUUGAGCAUGCUGGCAUAGGCAUCACACAGGAUCACAUCGCCCGCGGACAUGCCGCAAAUCAGCCUAACCACACAGCACAACUGAUCCCCAGAAUCAUACAUCGGAUCUUUCAUGACUGGCACAAUCAGUCGAUGCCGGCGGAUUGGGAAGAGGCAAGGCAGACAUGUAUCGACGCAAAUCCAGAUUGGAAGGACAUGUUAUGGACUGAAGAGACGUCUCGAGACUUCAUCAGGAGGAGUUACCCGUGGUUUCUCAACACCUACGAUGGCUACAGGUUCCCGGUGCAGAGAGUCGACGCCACCAAGUACUUUCUGAUGCUUCAUUACGGAGGCAUCUACCUGGACCUGGAUAAUGGUUGCCUCCAAUCCCUUGAACCGCUUCUCUAUCUCCCAACCUGGACUACUGACGGCGGCCGUGGCGCCCUCAGUAACAAUAUCUUAGGUUCUGUCCCGGCAACCGCUUUCUGGCGGCUGCUUACCGACUCCCUCAUCCGCUACAACUACAACUACCUCUUCCCCUACAUCACGAUCAGCUAUGCCAGCGGCCAGUGGUUCGAGACCGCAAUUUGGCAAACCUAUCAUGCUGGUUCCGCGCACGGCGAUAAUCCGCUCGCCGACUCGAAUAGACCCUUACACCGUAUAAUGAUGGACGACCGGCCCGACGCGCCGCCCUGGAUCUUCUUCACACAGCUGCGCGGCGGGACAUGGGUGAAUUGGGAUAACGACUUGUUCCUGUGGAUUGGGGAUCACCUGGUGCUGCUCGCGGUGGCCAUCUGCGCACUCGUUGCGCUGGUCUGGCGGGCAAGCGUUCGAUGGCUGGGACGUGGUUGCCGUCUACGUGCUCAGAAUUACGUAGUAGCGUGGGAAUAUCAGGCGAAGGAAGUCCCUAAUGUAUAG